GAGGCGCUCAGUUCGCCCUGCAUCACGGACUGGAAGAGAAAUCGGCAAAUUUCCACGCUUCCUCUUACGUGAAGGGUUGAAGACCAACACGAUGGCGAACAAGAUGAGCGUCAGCACCAUCGAGGGAGAAGCGGCGUCAAUGCUAUCUCCCCUGGGUGCUCCUUCGUGCGCUGACACAAAAAUGUGCAGCAGUGAAGAUGACGAGCUGACCAACUGCGACAACGUUCCUUCCGACCCAAAGUCGUACCCAUUUGCCCUCGUUUUGCGUCUUCGAGUUAUGCAGAUUGUUUGCGGAAUUUCUGCCAUGGUAAUGGGGACGGUGGCUUUGAUUGAAGAGAGAGGCCAGAUGAAUCUUGGACUAGGGGUUCCUGCAGGCGGGGUGGUGGUUCUGGCCGCCUCUCUGAGCAUCCACUGCAGCCGAGGCUUCGGCGGCUACGAGCCGAGCGGCUGCAGCUGCGCCAAGCUGCGGUGGCUGGGGCCGAACCCUCGCACGGCCGCCCUGCUGGCCGCCCUCUGGGGCACGGCCCUGCUGCUGGUGGGCGCCCUGGGGGUGCGCGCCACCCUCACCCUCUUCCACAGCGGCCACGGCCCCUUCGCCACGGACGUGCACAUCCUGGCGCUGGUGCAGCUCAGCCUCGUCCUGCUGGUGGUCGGCGGCGCCCUCGUCGCCCUCAGGGUCGACUGCAGCCGCGACCCCGACUGACCUGUGGCCAUCGCGCACGGCACCACGGCCGCCUCCAGUGCCAGCAGGUCGGCGUGGAUUGCGUGAACUUUUGAAUGGAAAGACUUAAAAAUAUGUGCAAAAAUAAUGUAUAUCAGCGUAAAGCAGUGGAAUUUAAAUUAUAUUUAAAAUAUUUGUGUCAUUUUGUUAAAAUUUCUUAAUCAAUUUUCAUAUUCACGUAAAAAAAACUAAAUCUUAUUCUGCAUUUUACAUUUUGUUUUUUAUUCACAUAAAAUUAAUUUGUGACAAUAAAUCAUUCAAGUUGUUUGAUGUUAAUGAUGUUUUUAUUUCGUUAUAGCUAAAUGUAUAAAUUCGUCUAUGAAAAUAAAGA